AUGGAAACAACGCAAGAUCCCUUGGAGCUAACAAAAGACCAAAGCAAUUACACAUCGAUGAGCACUGUCUAUGUCACCCAUUCCAAGUGCCAUCAGAACCUCACCAAUCUUUUGUUUAAUCAUGUGAUUUUGAUUAAGUAUAAUGUCAGCAACGAUUCACUGAAGAAAUUGCUGGGUAUAAAAAAAAAGUAUUUUUUAAAUUCAAAUUUAGAUAGAUUACGAAAUAUUAGAGGACACAUAGGACAUGUUGGACUGAACAUCCAAGGCGAUGAUACAAGAUUUCUACUCAGUAAAAGGGAGGAUAUUGUAAGGGUGUUUAAAAAAUUUCGGAAUGUUUAUUACAAAAAUAUAAACAUUUGUUUAACCGGGCGGGCAGUUUCAGGUUCAGAACAGAGGCCUACUUUACUGAGGAAUAACAUCACACUGGCUCGGCCGAUUUCGGCUCGCGCGGACAGGUAUGGCAAAAAUAGUUUGUAAACAGUAUAUACCUAACAUGGAUUGGGUCGGUUUACCCCUUAAACGGGGGAAGACUGCUGUAGACUGGUAUUGUAAAACGUUGAAACUCAUACAAUAUGCAAAUAAUCACCACUCCUCAUUCUGAUUGCUGCUGACCUCAAAGUCUGAUCGUGAGUUUUUGUUAAAAUUUUAGUUUAUGUCAAGGUUGUUGGUCCAAACCAAUUGUUUCAAAGACGGGCUUUGCAAAUCUACAGGGUGCAAACUUUUUUCUAUGAUGACGCCAUUUAUAUUUACAUGCUUUUCGCUUUGCAUUAAAAACAGAAUUAUUACAGUUUUAGGGAAUCGUAUUAGGAGUCUUUUCAGUAAGCGCAUAAUUUGAGUGCAACUAAAUUCAGAAUUCGAAGACAUUUGUAGAAUGACCGUAUUCACUUAAUCAGUUAGCCGAGCGCACCGGAAAUAUUUUUGAGACCGCGGAGACAGAAAACGAUUGAGAAAUAAAAAUUUCCACUUUUCUAAAAGACCAGUGACAAUACCGAACAAUUCUAUUAUGCAAUGGAAAGACCACGGCCCUCAGAUUUACAAUAACCGCCUUAAGGACAAGCGGCUACUUGGUGUCGACGUACAGACUCGAUUUUAGAUCAAAAAUGUGAAAAAGGCAUGGAGGGGAAAGGUUGGGGGGAUUAUUUGCAGAUAGUAUGAGUUUCAACGUUUUAACAAUUCCAGUCUACAGCAAUCUUCCCCCCGUGCAAGGGGUAAACCGACCCAAUCCAUGUUAGGUACUGUUUACAAACUAUUUUUACCCCGCCGAAGUCGGUCGAGUCUCUACGAUGUUAUUCCUCAGUAAGUUAUGGGCCUCUAGGUUAAUUUUGUCUGAAUUCCAAAAUUACAGUACCUCCCCACCCACACUCCGACCAAAAUAAGCCGACUAAUCCAGUUCUGGAGGAAACUGGAAAAAGAAAAGUUCACGUCAGAUGUGACUCUGGACAUAUUUGUGACGUUACCCUUCAAGGAUCGGGCCGAAUUACUGAGCCAAUUAAGAAGAGCCUUCAAGACCAAGGUGAGAAUGCCCGUUACUAAGCAAUGGAAGCCAUAUUUGGGCCUUUCAUUACAUUUAUUUCAGGUUAGAAUUAGAUUUCUGGCUAGACUUCCGGAUGGGAAAUUCCUAAGAAGGUAGGUGACUAUUCGAUUAAUGGCUGUUUCAAUACUGAUUCUCAGGUCUCCAGUUGAUAUUUAUUUGAAUCGGAAAGCAAUGAGUGCCACAGAUAAUUCCAAAUCAAGUCCAGGAUCAGCCAAAUCCACUCCCAAUUCAGCCAAAUCGAGGCUUCCCCAUAACGUGACUGGCUAUGAGAAGAUCAGAACUGUCGGAAAAGGGUCUUUUGGAAGUGCCGUUCUCUACAAACGGAAAGACGAUGAUUCUUUGGUCAUCAUAAAGGAGAUUAAUAUCGCUGAACUGAGUCAAAACGAGAGACAGAUGUCCCUAAACGAGGUGAAUCUUCUGGCUCGAUUAGAUCAUCCCAAUAUCAUCAGUUACUACGAUUCUUUCUAUGACGGAGGAGUCCUGAUGAUAGAGAUGGAAUACGCGGAAGGAGGGUUUGUUACAGUAAUCCGGUCAAACCCUUUCCAGAACCCUCGCUCAAUUACUGGCCAAGCAACAGGACUACUUGGAGGAGAUCGAGAUCAUGACCCUCUUCGAACAAAUGAUCAGCGCCGUCUCUUAUCUCCACGAUCAUCAUGUUCUCCAUAGGUAGGAUUACUGUAGUUUAAUUAUCAUUUAAAAAGAGAUCUCAAAUCAGCCAAUAUCUUCUUAACCAAGGAUAACCUCGUCAAAAUUGGAGACUUCGGGAUCAGCAAAAUGAUGGGGACGGAGACAAAAAAUCUCGGCGCGAACACGAUCCUGGGAACUCCUUACUAUUUGAGCCCAGAAAUGGUAGUAAAAUUAUCCAUUUUAUGUAAUAUUUAGUGCGAAGGCAAGACUUACAAUGAGAAAAGUGAUGUUUGGGCAUUGGGAUGCUGUCUGUAUGAGAUGGCCUGUCUCCAGAAGCCCUUUGAUGGAUCCAGUUUACCUGCGUUGGUCAAUAAAAUUGUUCAUGUAGGUCGAGAAAAUGAAAUAAUAGGGCUUAGGCCGAUUAUGAACAAGUUAAAGGGCCGUACAGCAGCGAUUUGAAACUUUUAAUUCGAGAAAUGCUGAAUACAAACCCGAAUCUGCGACCAUCAGCGACGGAAGUUCUGAAAAUGGUGCAGAGAAACAAGUGUCUAAAGAAGAGAAAUCCCCAAAAGAAUGUGAUCCAGAAGCCCCAGGACUGUUACUCGGCCUUGUACAUGUUCGAGACCGAGCAGAUUAUGUUAUCAGCCAUCCCCAAUCUGCCUUACCGAAUCAAUGUGAAGCAGGUAAUUCUAAUUUUAUAAUGGACAUAAUUAAACCGACGUUUUAGAUAUCUCUCGGUCCCAAUCACUUCCUGCUUUUAACCACCGAUUCCCAAGUUUUUAGUUGGGGAGAAAAUAAGCACGGCCAAUUGGGCCACGGGGAUCGGAAGUCUCGUCAAAUCCCCACCAAAAUCCCCGCUUUACAAGGUCAGAAUAUACAGAAAGUGGCUGCCGGAGAACAUUUCAGUGUAUUCUGUGCAGAUCGGGGGAUCGUGUUGGUCUGUGGCCAUCGGAAUUACCUGGGAAAUGAGGCCAAGGAGGAUCUUCUGGCACCUCAACUUAUUGAUGCCCUUUUACGGUAUGACGACUAAAAUAAUUUUAUUGAUUCAACAAAUGAUUUAUCUCACAAGGAAAGUACUUUUAUGGGGGCUCCUACUUUUUGACGGGACAUAUCUCAAAAAAUCAGAAAAAAUGUGCUGAUCAAGGAUAUAUAAAUCUUAGCUGCCCAUUUUAGGUUUUUAUGGGUGAAAAUGCCCAAAAACUGGCUCAAUUUCCCUACAAAAGGCGCAGGCAUUCGAAACGAUAAAAAGCGCAGUCGGUCUCUUCCUUCGGAAGAGAGCGGUGUGGCCGAGUGGUUAGUGCCGUAGUCUGGGAAUCAAGAGGGGGAACGCCGGACGGGUUCGAUUUCCCUUUUGGGCUAAAUUAGCUUUUUUUGAAGUUGAAGGUCGGAAAAAUAAAUUUUUGGGCCAAGACUGAUUUAUUACGUCUUAGAAACUCAUUAAACAUCAUUUUAAGCCAAAAUAAAAAUUGUAAACCUGUGAAAAAUUAAGCGAAAAGGGGUUCAUAUAGGACCUAAAGUCAACUUCCGAUUGAGUUUUCACCCCUAAAAACCUAAAAUGGGCAGCUAAGAUUUAUAUGUCCUUGAUCAGCACAUUUUUUCUGAUUUUUUGAGAUAUGUCCCGCCAAAAAGUAGGAGCCCCCAUAAAAGUACUUUCCUUGUCACAUUUGAGAAAACUUUAGAGAAAGUAUCGUGGACAUCAGUUGCGGAUACGAACAUGCAGUUGGGGUCACCGAGACUGGCCAAGUUUUUGUGUGGGGAGAUGGAAAAGACGGGAAGUUGGGGACUGGGAACUCCGAAAAUAUCCUCAUCCCAACCCAGGUAAUCGAGAUUAUUCUUGAUUCAUUUUUAGAUCGAUAUCCCCACAAAACAGUUAAUUGCGAAUGUAAAAUGCGGCCCUGAUUGCACGAUGUUAAUUACAGUAACCGGAACUGUAAUUGUGAUGGGAUCCAACAAACAUAACAAACUCAAUUUAAAUUAUCGCAUGGGAUUCUUUGCCAAUGUUAAGGACACAAAGGUAUGAUUACAUUAAGUAUAUGUAAUGUGUUGUUCAUAUCAAUCUGAUUUUUUUGUAGUCAGACAUCGACAAAUUGGAAUCUCCGACGGCGCUGAAGCCUUUCCCAGCUCGAGUUGUCGAUGCGAGCCUUGGAUGGCAUCAUUGUGGGGUCCUUCUUGAGAACGGGCAUGUUCAUUUAUUCGGGAGGAAUGCAAUGGGAGAGUUGGGGAACGGCACCAGACAAGCCAUGCAAUUCUGGAUGGCCUAUAAACCAGUAAGGGCCUUGACUAGCAAUGUUUGUGUCCAACUGGUGUGUGGGGACGGGUUCACAAUGGUCGCCACUUCUGACAAUGAAUUAUACUUCUGGGGAGCAAAGAAAUCUUCGGAAUUGGACAAGGACUUGUGAGGAAAAUAAUUGAAAAGAAUGAUCUUUUAGGUCGAUAACUGAGGGAUCUGAUGCGCAUAAGAAAUUAAAGUCAGCCAGAAGGUCUUGGCAAUGGAAAAAGGACCACGAUUCCGGUGCAAAUCAGACCGUUUUAUUACAGCCAACUCUGGUGAUGAGGUGGGUUUUCUGUGAUUAAUAAAAACCAUUUCAGAUUGGACGCGGCCAGAACAACUACAGGAAGGAGGCCUUUUAUCCGUCUCUCCAGCCUCGCUUGUGUAAAUCGUCGAGUUUUCGUGGCCAUUGACACUUCUCCCACCUUGGUCGAUGCAAUUCCACGCAAUUCGUAUGUUAAUUUAAACUACUUUAUUCUUAAGGAAUGCUCAAUUAACAACAUAUGAAAGAAGGAAAUCAGCGCCAGAAUUGAAUGACAACAGUCCCACCAGAACCUGGAUCAGAAAAGAGUUGGAUGAGGCCGAAUUUAUCGCUUUUAGAUCUCAGGUACUCAUGAACGAUACAGUAUUAUUAUGAUGUGGGUAUGUUUAGGAGACGGCCUCCAGCACGAGAGCUGAAGUACAACUGAAAAUGGAGAUUGAGGAACUGAAAAUAAAAUUACAGGAGCAGAAUAAUACCUUUAAAGAUCAACAAGACCAGAUGGCAUUGUUACAUGUAAGUGUAAUAUAAUAGAUGAUUUACGUAGUCUUAUUACUUAAAGACUAAACUCACCGAACUACAACAACUUCAAAAGCAGACAUCUCAGAGAUCCGAGCCCCCUCCAGCAUAUGCGCCCUCAGUGAAGCCGAAAACUCUCAAAAAUCCCUUUUUGCCCGAGGCAAAGACAAGAAUCUGUACAAUCUGCUGA